AUGGACGCCCUAGCGAAACAUCUCCCGCUGGAGAAACUCCCCUCCUGGGUCCCAGUGCACCACCUCUCCCAGCCGCACGUCUACAACUACCUGCAGGCGGGACAGGGUGUGGGGAAAUGGGUGGAUUGGAGCCAGGGCAGUCUGUGGGCUGCGGUGGGGAUGGUGUUGUUUAAUCCGAUUUUCUGGAAUGUGGUGGCUAGGAACGAAUACCGGAACAAGUCAAUGACCAAGAUCUUCCAGUCGCCUUAUUAUGGCUGCUACGUCCUGGCCGUAUCCAUCUUUUCCCUCGGUAUCAUCCGAGACCUGAUGUACGAGCGCGCUCUCCGCCUUCAACCCGCCCACCCGGCCCUCUCGCACCCCCUCGUCCAAUCCCUAGCAUACGCCCUAAUCGCCCUGGGCCAGCUCUUCGUCAUCACCUCCAUCUACGCCCUCGGCGUCACGGGUACCUACCUCGGCGACUAUUUCGGCAUCCUCAUGAAGAGCCGCGUGACGGGCUUCCCGUUCAAUGUGUUGAAUGAUCCAAUGUACGUCGGGAGUACGCUGGCGUUUGUGGGUGGGGCGCUGUUGUACAAGAGCCCGGCGGGGCUGGGGAUUAGCGGGCUUGUUUGGGCGGUUUAUGCCGUUGCGUUGAAGUAUGAGGGUCCAUUCACGGACAAGAUCUACUCCGCGGCCGCAUCCAAGAAGAACGACGACGCCCCUACCGGAUCCGGCUCCAGCUCUGGCUCUGGCUCCGGCUCCACACCCGCCAAGACCCCGUCGCCCGAUGCGGAUGCUCUUGCAGGGGAGGACAAGCAGACGCAGCCGUUGCCGAGCCAGACGCCGAGGGCGAGGAGGAUCAGGAAGGAGAGUGGGGAGAAGGGCGUGGGGAGUCCGGCGAGGAUGACGAGGAGUAGGAGUAGGGGGGUCGGGCUGGGGGAUGAGACUGAUUAG